CUCGCAUUUCAUUCGCUAAUCACUUUCGCGGAUCACAAGAAUGUCGAUGAAUGGCGAUCGCCUCUCAAAACUUUAAAUUUAUGAUGUUUUCGCAGUUUUAAAACAACAAAUGUCCGCAGAGCCAACGACAAACUACCCUACUUUUGUAAAUAUUAACACAGCACACAUGUCUGGAGUUGCUGCGGCUGAUAACCAGGGUGAAAUUAGCCACGAUCAAGGCAGCAUCGAGGCCCAUCAGGCCGAGGGCAUCAACGACCAUCAACAAGACAGUACCAUCGCGAUCUCCGCCUUUCACGAUCAACAAUCUCCGUCUAUAAACACUGAUUCUGAUUCGCAUCAAAACACAGUACAAGACCAAUUGAAUAACCUUUCUUCGCCUGGGGAGCAUGAAGUGGAAAUAUACGAUGUUGGGGAUAACUCGAAUGCAGACGAAUCAACCCAUGUUUGGGUCAAGGAGGAGGUUGAGCUUAUGUUCAAAUAUUACAAAGAAAGACAGAAAGAUUUCAGUGACCCACACAAAAAGAAAAGAGAAAUUUUUGUUGAUAUUUGUGUUCAACUGAGAAGACAUGGGUAUAGCCCCACACCUAAGCAGUGUGACAGAAAGUUGAGAAACAUGAAAGCAACAUACAUAAGAACACUUGAGAGAAUCAAGAGGGGUGACACCAUGGCAACAUGUCAAUACUAUGAUGACCUAUAUGAUAUCUAUGGGCUGAAUCCUCCACUUCAGACACCCUCAAGAUUGCUUGGACAAAGUAGAAGUCGUCCAGUCCCGCUCCUGAAAAACGAGUUCAUGAAUGGACAAAGCAACUCAGACAUGGCUUCAUCUAGAGAAUCUUUUGAACCAGCAGUUAAAAAAUUUGCCUAUGAAGGCCACGACCAAAGAGAUUCACCAAUGCAAAAACCAGAUCAACAAGGUGAUGCUCCAACCGUUGCAUUGGUAGGAUCAUUUCAGCGUGAUGCUGGAAACCCUUUGCAGAUAUUUGAUAGUAGGCUUCAAGCAGACAGAAAAACUAUUGCAGAGUUGACAGAGGAAUUAAAAGCAGUCAAAAAUUCUCUUGUUGAGGAAUGUAAAGCAAGAGAAGAAGAAAGGAAAGCUUUUGCUGAGGAAAGGCGGGAAUUUCACAAAGAGCGGAUGUCUAUGUUGAACUCCAUCAACAAACUUAUUGGCAACAUUGAUCAGAAAUAACCUUAAGUCAAGUGAUACUUCUGGAUUAUGUUAAAUACUAAGGGUAGCAUCUAGAUAUCUAUAUAGAUAUAUACCAACAGCGAUAUAGAUGUAUGUGUAGCAGGUAUCUAGAAAAGUUUAUGUGUAUAAUUUUGAUAAUCAUAAUGGUAGUUCAAUGCUCUGAAGAUUUUGAAAGUCUGUCAGGUAAAUUUAUGUAAUUUUUUGUCAAUAACACAUCAGUGAUUGAUCUUUUUGAAGGAUUUGAAGUUUAGAUGUGGUUAAUCAUUUCUCUAAAUAAAUACUGUUUGAGUUCUAAACCUUGAUCCAAAGAUAACCUCAGUUGUUAUCCAUGUAGAAUUUUUAUGAUUAUAUUCAGAUUUAAUGUAGGUUUUAAUUUUAGGUAAUCAGGGUGAUAGCCUCAAAAAUUUAACAUACCCCACUUUGACAUUUGGUUGUUAAUUUUCACAUUGAAUUGCCAUGUUAAAACGCUUAGUAGUUUGAUUUUGAUUUUGGCCACCUUUUUUCAGGGUGUGUAUAAAGUAAUUUUUGUUGCUUAUUAAUUGGCUGAUCAAGUUCUCCCUGUUCACCUCCCAUUAAGAAAUCAAAAUUUAUAUCAUUGUAAAAUAAUAUUGAAAUCCUUUAGUGUCAGUAAGGAAGAUUCCUUGAGUACAAUAUUGUUGAUCAUCGUGAAACCCCUUUCAUAAUUCUUUCCAUGCCUCUCAAGGUAACAGGCCAUUGGUAUCAUAAUAUGACUGCCUCAGAUUUUCAUUUUUUUUGGUCCCGUAUUCGAAUUACUUUUCCUUGAAAAUUCUUGGUUUCCAGCUAAUAUGUGUGGCAGCCCUAAAAACCAAUUAACAUUUAGCUAAUUGUUCACACUUGUUAACAGUCUGUAUUUUGACAACAUUGUAAUACAUCAAAUUAUUAUGAAUAUAAUGUUUAAAAAAUAGUUUUAUGUGCAAUGGCGUGUUCUAAUUUUGAGUUUUGUUUAGAAUAAAAAGUAUAUUGUUGUGAAAGACGAGUGGCAGUAAAAUUUUAGAUACUAAAUUAACUUUACGUGGAUAGUCAGUAAGAUAUAAUUUAGAGCGAUAUAAAUUUCAUUAAAAAAUAGAUUUUGUCUCUUUAA